AUGGACGCCUCCUCCCUCCGCAUCUCCAAGUUCGAUGGAACUAACUUCCACGCCUGGAAGUUCAAGAUGCAGAUGGUGCUGGAGGAACGGGACCUAUGGGAGGUCGUCAGCGGUGAGAUCAAGGCGGAACAGUGCGAGACUCAGUUGGACCAAGCGACGUACAAGAGGAAGUCAAGAAAGGUGAUGGCAGUGAUCUGUCUAGCCAUGGAAGAUUCCCAGCUACCGUUGGUCCGGUCGGCAAGUGGUGCAUGCGACGCAUGGUCAAGGUUGGAAGACCACUUCGAGAAGAAGAGUCUUGCCAACAAGCUGUUCUUGCGCCGUCGCUUCUUCACGACAAUGAUGGAAGAAGGCGACGAUGUGCUCGAACACAUCAACAAGCUCAAGACGCUGGCGGAACAGCUAGAAGCGGUGGGGGCUCCAGUCUGCGAGGACGAUCUGGUGAUCACACUCCUCGGCAGCCUGAGUGACUCGUAUCAAUUCUUGAUCACAGCUUUGGAGUCGCGCUCAGACACUCUUAGCUGGGAGCUCGUGACGUCUCGACUGCUUCAUGAAGAAAUGAAGCGGAAGGAGCAAGGAAGUAAAGGUGAUGAAGCUUCGCAAGGUCAAGCGUUCAUCACAAGGGACAAUCAGCGCAAAGGGCGACCAGUGAAGAAGUCCUGGCCGUGCCACAAUUGCGGAAAGAUUGGUCACUGGAUGGCGGAGUGCCCCUCGCGCAUCCAAGAAAACACGGAGAGACACCGGCCACAGCGUGCUCAAGACAGCGGCGACCGCUAUCGAUCACAACGUGCAAACGUCGCUCAAGAAGAAGACUCGGGCGACUACCUCUUUUCGAUCGGUGAAACGACAUCUGCGAAAUCGAGCGACAUCUGGCUGGUCGACUCCGGGGCGACGCAGCACAUGACGUGCUCCAAGAAGUUCAUGCGGAACUACAAGGGGUUUGACGCUGUGGAUGUCCAUCUCGCGGAUGAUGGAAUCGUCCAAGCAAUCGGCAGUGGGGACAUUGUCAUGUCGAUGAAGACACCCCAAGGGAUGAAGAAAGGUGUGCUCACAAACGUGUGGCACAUCCCAAAGUUAUCCAGAAACCUGUUCUCGGUCGGCCGCUUCACCAAGGAUGUCGGCCCAGUGACGUUCACGAAGGAUGGGUGCUAUGGAGAAGCGAAAGGGACCAAGUGGAAAAUUGGUGCCCGUGAAGGUAAAGGACUGUUCAAGCUGCAAAUGACUCCAGUGGCGCCGGAACAAGCAAAUGCAGCCAAGUCGUCGGGAUGUCAAGGGGGCACCAAGUCGUACCUCUGGCACCUUCGGCUUGGCCACAUAGGUCACGAUGGACUCAAUUGCAUCGUGACGAAGAACAUUGGAAUUGGCAUCGACAUAUCUUCGGUGAAGAAGUGGGACGUGUGUGAAGGUUGUGCUCUGGGAAAACAGACUCGAGUGCGCUUCCAAUCAAACACUACAGCUCGCACCUCCAAACUCCUCGAAGUGAUUCACAGCGACGUAUGCGGACCGAUGUCGAUGGCAACUUUCAGUGGAAAACGGUACUUCGUGACAUUCAUUGAUGACAAGUCAAGAUACUGUGUCGUCUAUCUGCUCAAGAGCAAAUCUGAAGUUGCGGCGAAGUUCAUGGAAUACGCUGCGAUGGCCGAAACGCAAACCGGAAAGCGCGUGAAGUACCUUCAAAGCGACAAUGGGGGUGAAUACUGA